AUGUCUGACACAAGUGACUUGGACCGUCAAAUAGAACAACUUAAAAGAUGUGAGAUUAUCAUGGAGGGAGAGGUUAAAGCACUCUGUGCGAAGGCCCGCGAGAUUCUUGUUGAAGAAAGUAAUGUUCAACGUGUCGAUGCUCCAGUUACGGUUUGUGGAGACAUUCAUGGCCAAUUCUAUGAUCUCAAAGAACUAUUUAAAGUUGGUGGUGAUGUUCCUGCUACUAAUUAUUUGUUUAUGGGAGAUUUUGUGGACAGAGGAUUCUAUUCUGUUGAAACAUUUUUAUUACUUUUAGCUUUAAAGGUUCGUUAUCCAGACCGCAUUACUUUAAUUAGGGGAAAUCAUGAAUCAAGACAAAUCACACAAGUGUAUGGCUUUUAUGAUGAAUGUUUAAGGAAAUAUGGUUCUAUAACAGUAUGGAGGUACUGCACAGAAAUAUUUGACUACCUGUCACUGUCCGCUAUAAUAGAUGGUAGGAUAUUCUGUGUACAUGGUGGACUCAGCCCGUCUAUACAAACCCUGGACCAAAUUCGUACUAUAGACCGCAAGCAGGAGGUACCGCACGAUGGACCCAUGUGUGACCUUUUGUGGAGUGACCCUGAAGACACCCAAGGUUGGGGCGUUUCCCCGAGAGGUGCCGGCUACUUGUUUGGAUCUGAUGUUGUGGCACAGUUUAAUGUUUCUAAUGACAUAGAUAUGAUAUGCCGUGCACACCAACUUGUGAUGGAAGGUUACAAAUGGCACUUCAAUGAAACUGUUCUUACUGUGUGGUCUGCUCCAAAUUAUUGUUAUAGAUGCGGCAACGUAGCGGCAAUAUUAGAACUGAAUGAGAAUCUUCAACGUGAUUUCACAAUAUUCGAAGCCGCACCUCAAGAGUCGCGUGGCGUUCCCUCAAAGAAACCACAAGCCGACUACUUUUUAUAA